AUGUUUGACUGGUUAAUUCAAAAUCAGAUAAAUCAAUUUCACGAUAUAUUCCAUACCGCUCCUGAUCAAAUACCAGCAGAACAUAGAAAUAAUUUUCAUUUAUUUCGUGACCUUUCUUGUACCCUUUGUUACCCAUCCGCUGCUUUUCUUAGUGCUAGAUUUUUAACCUUUAGAAAUUGGUUUAGAUUAAAUACUUCCCUAGUUUCUCAUACCCAAAUUUCCGUAAAUUGUUUUCAACAAUUGUUAGCAGAAACAGAUCCAAAUAGGAUAGAACCUCGUAUAGAUAAUUUGUUAAAAACCCUUCGCUUUCGAAAUCGAGAACAAAGGGAUAUAUUGAUAAACCUCCUUACAAAUUGUCUUGAUUAUACCCAAAGAUUUACAGUAAACUUAAAUCAAUUAAAUAACCUCCAAAACUUAGCUGCUCCUACUGAUACUGAAGAUUCUGAAGAUAAUCUAGAAGAACCAAACAUUAUGAAUAAUCAAAAUAAUAUGAAUCAACUUUUCAACUAUCUAAAUCGAAUAGUAGAGCAACAAAACCUCCGAAAUAUAAUUCCCUUGCCUACAUUUGCAGGAGGAAAUCAAGACCCUGUUGAAUGGCUUGAGGAAUUUAACCGAUGUGCUGAUAUAAAUAGAUAUGAAAAUGCUGAUAAGCUAAAUUCUGUAAAUGGGUAUCUUAUGAAUGAGGCCCGAACAUGGUUUGAUGAAGUAGAUAGCAAUGUUGCUAUCUCCUUUCAAUCUUGGCAAAAUAGAAUGGAAUUAAAUAAUAAAUUACAACAACCUCACGAAACCGUUCAUCAAUAUGCACAAACCAUUAGAAAAUUAAUAAAGAAAGCAGAUGCAGGAUUAAGAAGAGAAAUCGCCACGCAAGUUGCAUCCCAACUAACUUUCCAACCUAACGCAACCUUUGAGCAAGUAAUUGAAGCUGCAAGUCAAAUGGAAAACCAUGGAAGAUUAUAUCCUGAAACCCUUCAACCGCAAGUACCACCAAGUCAAAAUGCAAUUACAAAUGACUCUAGACCUAGAAAACCUAGAGAUCCCGCAACCUGUUACAAAUGUAGACAACCAGGACACAUUGCUAGGAAUUGUCCUACAAAUCAACAGUUACCACAACAAUCUCAAGUAUUCCAGAUACUGCAGUAUCAACUACCGCCUCAACAACAAAUGGCUCCCCAAAAUAAUAAUGUUCCUCAACAACAGAAUAAUACAGGAGGAAAUGUAUUUGUAACUACUGGAAAUAUUCCACAACAAAUGCCACAAGCCCAAAAUCAGUUACCACCGCAACAGUCUACCUCGCAUCCAUUAAGAACUCCCACUGAAAGAGAAGUAACAGGUGUAUUCAUACCACCAGUUCAAAACAAUAAAAGGGAAGAAGCUAAAAUAACUAGGAAUCCUCCUGAAAAGAAAAGUAAAAAGAAAAGAUUUAAAGGACCAGAUAAAUCCUGUUGGUAUAAUAUAAAAUUAAUUACAAAAGAAGAUGAAUGUAAACAAUGUGAAGAGGAUUAUAACAGAUGGUGUACCUUACAAGUAAUUCCCAUUCAAGAUAUCCGAUCCGUACAAGCUAAUUUGGUCAUGGGAGGAUCUGAAAGAUUAGCUUUUAAUGAACAUAAAAAUGAU